CGGAAGUGGCCUCAACAAGGGAAACUUUAUUGUUCCCGUUGGAGCGGUGAGAAUGUCGGUGAAUUACGCAGCGGGGUUGUCGCCGUACGCGGACAAGGGCAAGUGCGGCCUCCCCGAGAUCUUUGACCCCCCCGAGGAGCUGGAGCGGAAGGUGUGGGAGCUGGCAAAGCUGGUGUGGCAGUCCUCCAACGUGGUGGUCCACACGGGUGCCGGCAUCAGCACUGCCGCGGGCAUCCCCGACUUCAGGGGCCCCCAUGGCGUCUGGACGAUGGAGGAGCAGGGCCUGGCUCCCAAGUUUGACACCACCUUUGAGAGCGCACGGCCCACGCGGACCCACAUGGCACUGGUCCAGCUGGAGCGUGUGGGCCUUCUGCACUUCCUGGUCAGCCAGAAUGUGGAUGGGCUGCACGUGCGCUCCGGUUUCCCCAGGGACAAGUUGGCGGAGCUUCACGGGAACAUGUUUGUAGAAGAAUGUGUCAAGUGUAAGACGCAGUAUGUCCGGGACACCGUCGUGGGCAGCAUGGGCCUCAAGGCCACAGGUCGGCUCUGCACUGUGGCCAAGGCAAGGGGGCUACGGGCCUGCAGGGGGGAGCUGAGAGACACCAUCCUGGAUUGGGAGGAUGCCCUGCCCGACCGAGACCUCACCCUCGCUGACGAAGCCAGCAGGAACGCGGACCUGUCCAUCACGCUGGGCACAUCCCUGCAAAUCCGGCCCAGUGGGAACCUGCCCCUUGCCACCAAGCGCCGCGGGGGUCAGCUGGUCAUCGUCAACCUUCAGCCCACCAAGCACGACCGCCAUGCUAACCUGCGCAUCCACGGCUAUGUGGACGAGGUCAUGACCCGGCUCAUGAAGCACCUGGGCCUGGAGAUCCCCCCCUGGGAUGGCCCCCGCGUCCUGGAGAAGGCGCUGCCACCCCUGCCCCGGCCGCCUGUGCCCAAGCUGGAGCCCAAGGAGGAGCCUCCCGCCCAGCUCAAAGGCGCAGAGCCCGCCAGCCCCAAGCAGGAGCCCACAGCUGAGCCACCCGCCCAGCACAACGGCUCCGGGCCUGCCAGCCCCAAAAGGGAGCUGCUAGACAGUCCUGUCCCCCGCAGGAUCCCCAAAAGAGUAAAGGUGGAGGUGAUUCCCAGCUGACCAGGGGAACCGGGGAGGGUGGGGCUUUCUGUAGAAACCGUGGAUUCGUUUUGUUUCUUACGGGUCUUACUUUGUUACCAGUACUUGUCUCUGUCCUGGGAGGGAGAGCCAGGGUGCUGAGAGCUGUGCUCCAGGUCCUGGGGCACACUCGCCCUCUGUUGGGGCUCCCUCUGGCUCUAGGGGCCUCUGGUGGUGGCCUGGGGAAGAGUAUUUCCACCUGGGACUUUGAGCUUAGAGCUGACACUGCAGGCACCUGCUUCUCCCCCGGCCCCAGCCCCCCACUCAGGAGGUUGGGAGGGGGUGAGGGGUGGCCAGACCCUCCCUAAAUUUCUGGCCUAAAGAGGAAUUAACUUCCUUUGCCCCUAGACCCUCCACCCCCAACCUCUGCCUCCCCCAACUGCCUUCACAGCCCCUCCAGGAGGGAGGGGAAGCAGAGCCGCCAUUUAGGAGCCAAACUUCAUGGAGGGACAGACGAGGCUUGCACUGCCUUUGGGGCUGGAGGGAGAAGGUGGUCCACCGGGCUCCCUCCAGGCUUCCGGAAAAGUCUUCAAUGCAAUAAAAGCAGAAUUUCUCACA